AUGAAAUUCCAGGUAUUGCUCUCACUUGUCACUGUGGCUGCAGGCAUUCCCUCGGCCCAGAAACUGGAUCGACCGGUAAAGCCUCCUCUCAAGCCUCUGGUGAUAGACAGCCUGUCGACAUUUGCUCCCUCAGGUCGACCAGGGAGCUCGAUCUAUUCCUUCUUCAAUGUCAGCUUCACCGAUAUCGAGUUCAACAACACCACUGUCCAGUGCGGCACUCGGUGGACAUUUGGUGAAGGGGAGGACAUUGCCUGGACGAGAAAGAACACGGACUGUUUGAUCAAGCCAAAGUCAAAGAGAGUGGGGGAAUGGAGCUUCCAGUUGCUCAAGCCGACGGCGAGCGGAGAGGGGGCGUCGUUGUUGAAUAACUUUAUGCUGCACCUGCGACAUGAUUGGAUCUCGGGGGUUCAUGUGGCGACACAAAAGUUCAAUUUUGAUGGAGAGAGAAAUAUCGGGGGAAUGUGCUCGGCCAGUGGCACUUGCCAGUUUGGACUGUGGGAAGGCGUGGAGAGGCCCUAUCUGGUGCCGCAGUUUAGGCUGGAGCGUUGA